UGAAGAUCUGGCAACAUGGUGGAGACCUGGACUGGGUGGAACAAGUCUCCAUCAGUCUGGGAGAAGUUUCCCUCCAUCGUGUUUCUUCCUGAAGGCUGCGGCUCAGAGGUCAUGGUCCUGAAUCAUCCUGAGCUUCCAGGCUGCAGUUUCUUCAUUUAUUGGUCCCUGGAGGUCUCCACAGGGGGCGCUGUUAUUCCAAACAUCCACCUGCUGCCAAAGAUCCCAGAGAGAGCGUUGCAGCUGUUCCCCACCUGGCCUGCAGGAGGCGCUGCUGCUGAGGCCUUUCAGAGCCUGCUGAGGAUUCUGGGACCUGAAGCGGCCAUUGAAUCGAUCAUCAGAGCCGUGAGCCUUUCUGAAGACGCUGAAUUGAGUGGGUAGAAGAUCCAGAAGGUCUGAUCUGGACUCUGGACCCAUCAUUGGAGGCUCAAUCAGAACUUUAUUUUUCCUCUCUUGGAUGAGACAAAACUAUAAAAUAAAAGAUUUCAGUGGAAAUCAGCAGACAGCUGCUGGGCCCUUAUAUCCUCA